GCUCAGCGGUGAGAAUGGUUUCUGUUCUCGCGGUAUUUUCGCGUUCGCGGGGCUCGGGCGACCCGGGCUUCUGUGAAACAUGGCGCUCGGCUGGGACCGUAGCACUGGCAUGACUAUAUGAAGGAAGAGGAAGGUUUUUCUGAAGAUGAGGCGACUGAAUCGGAAAAAAACCUUAAAUUUGGUGAAAGAGUUAGAUGCCUUUCCCAAGGUUCCUGACAGCUAUGUGGAGACAUCAGCCAGUGGGGGAACAGUUUCUUUAAUAGCAUUUAUCACGAUGGCUUUAUUGACAAUAAUGGAAUUCUCAGUGUAUCGCGAUACAUGGAUGAAGUAUGAAUAUGAAGUAGACAAGGAUUUUUCUAGCAAGUUGAGAAUCAACAUAGACAUCACUGUCGCCAUGAAGUGUCAUUAUGUUGGAGCAGAUGUACUGGAUUUAGCAGAGACCAUGGUUGCGUCUGCAGAUGGUCUGGCUUAUGAACCAGCAGUGUUUGACCUCUCCCCACAGCAGAGAGAAUGGCAGAGGAUGCUGCAACUGAUCCAGAGCAGGCUGCAGGAGGAGCACUCCCUUCAGGACGUGAUCUUCAAGAGUGCGCUCGCCACUGCGCCAGCAGUGCUGCCGCCAAGGGAAGAUGGUUCAUCUCCGACUCCAGAUGCAUGCAGAGUCCAUGGCCAUCUGUAUGUCAACAAAGUAGCAGGGAAUUUUCACAUAACUGUGGGCAAAGCAAUCCCACAUCCUCGAGGCCAUGCACACUUGGCAGCACUUGUCAACCAUGAUUCUUACAACUUUUCCCACAGAAUAGAUCAUUUGUCUUUUGGAGAGCUUGUUCCAGGGAUUAUUAACCCUUUGGAUGGAACUGAAAAGAUCGCUGUGGAUCACAACCAGAUGUUCCAAUAUUUCAUUACAGUUGUGCCAACAAAGCUACACACAUACAAGAUUUCAGCAGACACCCAUCAGUUCUCUGUGACAGAAAGGGAACGCAUCAUAAACCAUGCUGCUGGCAGCCACGGAGUGUCUGGGAUAUUUAUGAAGUAUGACCUCAGUUCUCUCAUGGUGACGGUCACUGAGGAACACAUGCCUUUCUGGCAGUUUUUUGUAAGACUCUGUGGUAUAAUUGGAGGAAUCUUUUCAACAACAGGCAUGUUACAUGGAAUUGGAAAAUUCAUAGUGGAAAUAAUUUGCUGUCGUUUCAGACUUGGCUCCUACAAGCCCGUCCAUUCUGUCCCCUUUGAGGACGGCUGCACGGACAACCACUUACCUCUUCUAGAGAAUAAUACACAUUAGCACCUCCUGGGUGGAGAAAAACUUUUUGCCUGAGACAUAAAACCUUUUCUAAUAAUAAAAUGUUGUGCAAUAUAGUCAAAGAGAAGAAAAUAUGAGAACCCAGAAACAUACUUAUUUAGAAAAAGGAAAAGGAAAAAAAAAAGAAGAAGAAGAAGAACCAGCCAAGGAAAAAACCGAAGUCGUCUUGUAUAUGUUGUGUCUGUUACAAAUGUCCUAGAAGAAAUUAUGCAGCUAACUGGAGAGCCAGAGCGCCCGGCGACGAAGCGUUGAUGCUCUCCUAGCAACUGCUCUCCCAGACAGUGGAAAGCAGCGUCUAGAGGACGUGAGUGGACAGUGCUUAAAGACCAGAGCAUUGAAAAGUGCAGAUGUGUGCGUCCUUCUGUUUUUAAAGAUGUGAGAAUAAAGUGUGUAAAACAUAUGGAAAACUAGUCUAGACUCUGAAAAGCUGUAAUCAGCUCACGUGGUUAAUAGAGGAAGCAGGGACUGGACCGACCUCACAGCCAUAUUAAUGUUAAGCCAUAAUGACUAGCCCAUGUUGUCCAGUCCUGGGUUCUGAUGACAGUCACUGCUUUCCUCAGAACUCCAGGCGCUGACUUUCCUUACUGUUGAGGGUGGAUCUCAGAGAACUAAGGUGAAGUCUCCCGUGGGCAGGGACAUAGUGCUGUGCUGUGUAACAGGUGUCACGCAUAGCUGUACUUGACGUGGCACGGAGAGGAGAGCGUGAACACUUACUUGUAAAGAUGAAAGUUACCAGUGUGUGCUUGUGGCAAGUGGAGAACAGGAUAGCUGACCGAGAAGGCUGCGGCAGUGUUCCGUGCAAGGCAGCGUCAGGUCUGAGGCAGGGAGGGCGCAGCUGUAAAACUAGACGAGGAACCCAGUGCUGCCCUGGCCUGCACGGGGCUGAGGAGGCUGUCGGACGCGUCCAAACUGCUGAGCAGGUGCCAGCGCGAGGGUUUAGCACGCCCUGAGUGGGAAGACUGGGUUUCGGUCUGUGUCAGGUACACGCCUACGCUGGCACGCUGGCUCAGGGUGGCUUGUCACAAACUAGUGCUUCAAGUAAAGGUUUUUAAAGAUUAAAAAACGCUUUCUUGAAAGAGGGUAGGCAAUCAGGGAAGGAGGAGAUAGCAGGGCACUAAGCAAAAGGGUAGGAAAACGGCAUUUUGUAGAAAAUGAAAAUUUGUUUAAAACACACAGUAUUAAGAGUUAAGAGGUUAACUGACUAAUAAUAUAAUGUUUUAAAAUUAAUCCAGGAAAUUUUAAACAAUGAAUGACUCUUAAGGUUUUGUUUCCUUUUGUUUUGUUUUUCCUUAAAUUUUAUAGUUGGGCUAGAAACAGAGCAUCUUUCCAGGAGGAUUUUGUUGGUGAGAACUGGACUGUUGGCCGCUUGAGAGAGCUGUUGUCUUCGGGGUCUCCGUGCUGGAACGUUUAGUCAGGGUUCAGGGAAGGAAACACUGAUUUAGAAUUAUGUUCAACAUUGCAAUGUUUUUAAAAGACUUAAAAUUAUUUUAAAUUAUUUCCAUGUUUUCUAAGUACCACGUUACAGUUUUAUUGAGAUGUAUCUUUUCCAUUAAAAUUGACUCUGGGAAUUUGUUUAAAGCAAAA